UUGGAACGUCACGCCCCAGCACAGGCCGUGUAUGAGUUUGACCCUAAUGGAUGUAAGCAUGGAUGUGUGACUUUAAAUGCUGUUUUAUCAGUUUAGCUUAUAACACUGGCUUUUCUGUGUCAGCCAGGCUAAACGACUGUAAUACAGAGUACAUCGAGCAUAAGCCAUGCGUCUGACCACGUUGCUCUCGAUGGCAGCAAGGGCUGCUUUUCCUCAUGAUUAUCGAUAUGGAACAAACCGCCCAUGGACUUUAGCAGCCAAGCGACUCAACCCACCAGGCAAGAAUAGAAGAGUGGUGCAUGUUGAACCUAUUGCAAAGGAAGACUGGUCUGUUUUUAGGGGUGACGUGGUGGAAAUUCUUUCUGGUAAAGAUAAAGGAAAACAGGGGAAGGUCACUCAGGUCUUCCGGCACCGGAACUGGGUUAUCGUUGAAGGUCUGAACACGCAUUACAGAUAUGUUGGUAAAGCUGGAGAUUACAGAGGGACGUACAUCGCCAAUGAAGCUCCUUUACUCCUGAACAACAUCUCCCUUAUCGACCCCACAGACAGGAAGCCCACAGAGACUCAGUGGAGGUUUACUGAGGAGGGAGAGAGGGUGCGUGUUUCAGUCAGAACAGGGAGAGUUAUCCCCAAACCGCUCUUCCAGAGGAAAGAUGGCAUCAUUCCUGAGCAGUGGAAAGAUGGGCCAAAGGACACGUCUUCUAAAGACACUCUUCAGAAAACAUACACACCUAUACUGAAGACUCUAGAGGAGGAGGUGAUGGAGAAGAUGAACAUUCAGGAAAACAGAAGGCAGAAAAGAAGCUACUGGUAUUAAAAUAUAAUACCAGAAUGUUUUUUUUAUUAUUUAAAUAGAAAUAAGUUUAUUUCCACAUGUAUUUGAAUGUUCGAAAAAUAAAACCAUUGCUACCCAAA